UACAGAAUCUUGGAUGACAGAAAGUUUUAUCGCCCUAUCGAUUCAUCGUAUCUAUUGCCCUGUGAUGAGGUAGAGACGGACCGAUUGAGACAUCUCCAUUAUAUGCUACGUUUUGCGAUACAAGGAAAUUACUUGGCUCCUGUCAAUGAUAUAUUACGCAAAGGUGCAAGCGUUUUGGAUUUAGGUUGUGGUCCAGGUGUAUGGUCUAUGGAUAUUUCUGAAAACUAUCCCAAAUCCAUCAUCAUAGGCGUCGAUAUUGCUCUCAAGUAUUCAAAGGAGAACAAGCCUGAUAAUUGUCUAUUCUAUGAAUGCAACUUGUUGAAACAACUGCCUUUCGAGGACUGUACAUUUGAAUACAUAUUCAUAAGAUUUAUGGGACAGGCUAUAGAGAGUAGUCAAUGGACCAACAUACUAUCAGAAGCGGCGCGUAUUUUAAAGCCUUAUGGCUGGAUUGAAUGGAUUGAGAAAGACUAUGAAUUACAUCGUCCAGGGCCACACACCUUGGAAUUCAAUCAAAGACUAUUGUCUCUGAUGCGAGAGAAUCAUCAAGAUACACAUCUUGGACUAUCGAUGGCCAAAAGAUUGCACGAAAUGAACCAUCUAAUGAAUAUCACCUCUACCUUUGUUUCAUGCCCUGGAGGUCAAUGGGCAGGAAAGCUUGGACAGUUAACGUUGCAAUCUUGGAAAGCCUACUACAAAUCCUUAGGUCCGUUACUGCGUCGCUCGUGGGGUCUCUCGGCCGAAAAAUACAGUGAUAAAUUACGAUUAUGCUGGCGCGAAGCCAAUAUUCACAAAACAUUCGAGAACAUUCAUUUUUGCUAUGCACAGAAACGCAAUACACCCCUAUUUCCACAUUUAUAA